AUGGCGAUGGGGAUUUCAAUGCCCUUUGUGGGAAUGGUGAUGGUGGUUCUUGCUCAGGUGACUACUUUGAUACUAAACAAGGAAGCCAUGGAAAGCGGACUGAGUGAAUAUGUUCUUGCUGUCUACUCUUUUGCUCUAGCCGCUCUCAUUCUUCUCCCUUUUUGCUUCUUCUUCAACAGAUCAGAGCGUCCCCCACUCAGCUUCUCCAUCAUCUUGAGAUUAUUCUUACUCAGCCUUAUUGGAUCUUCUGGACUGUUAAUGGGACUUGCUGGUUUAAACUAUGCCUCUGCUACACUUAACACAGCCAUGCUUAAUCUCAUUCCAGCCUUUACAUUCAUACUUGCCUUACUUUUCAGGAUGGAAAAGCUAAAUUGGAGGAGCUCAAGCAGCCAAGCUAAAAUUAUAGGAACUGUAGUGUCAAUUACAGGGGCAUUUGUUGUGACCUUCUACAAGGGCCCUGCAGUCGUACACGCACGCUUGUCCUCUGCUGGGACUGGCCUAUUCAGUAAUCUAUUUCUCUUCUCAGAAAAAUCACAUUGGGUCCUUGGAGGGCUACUUCUAGCAGCUGACUCCUUCUCGACCUCAUUAUGGUUUAUUGUGCAGGCCUCAAUUCUUAAGAAGUACCCUGCAGUGCUGAUCACAGUCUUCUUUUUCUGCUUCUUUGUCUGCAUACAAUGUGCAUUAGUCUCACUGAUACUUGUACAAGACCUAAGUGCUUGGAGGCUAAAAUCUAAUAUUGCAUUGCUUGCAGUUUUAUACUAUGGGAUUGUUGGGAUUUCAUUUCGUACCAACAUGUGUACAUGGUGCCUGCAGAGAACAGGACCUGUGUAUGUUUCUAUGUUCAAGCCCCUUGCCGUGGUUUUCGCAGAUGUCAUCGAUGUAAUUUUUCUGGGGCAAGCUCUGUAUCUUGGAAGCUUGAUUGGAGCAGCUGUAAUUAUCUCUGGUCUUUAUGUUGUGAUAUGGGGAAAGGCCAGAGAAGAGAAGUUGCAUGAAAACGGUGGAGAAGGGCAGAAUUGCUUAGAAUCAUCCACUGAAAGGACAUGGGUUAUUAGGGACUACCCUGCAGUGUUAAUGGUAACAACAAUUUGCGGCAUCUUUGUCACCAUCCAAUAUGCUUCACUUUCUCAGAUUACUGUCAAAGGACUAAAUGCAUGGAGGCUAAAUUCUGAUAUUGAGGUCAUAGAGGCAGCUUUUGAAGUAAUGCUGAGGACUGGUGUUCAUUUGUGGGCAUUGAAUAUAAAAGGUCCUGUUUAUGUUGCCAUGUUUAAGCCACUUGGGCUAGCCAUGCUACUGUUGUUUGGCGUGCCAUUUCUUGGAGAUACUCUGCUAUCUGCAAUAACCAUGUUUUAUUCACCGACCCAAAAGAAAAAAAAGAAAAAAGAUAAAAGAAAACGUGUCAUUGGUUGCAAGGAUAUAAGUUACAGUGAUGCAGUACGGAAGCACGGAUUUAUGGAUCGACAAACGUCUAAAUCAGAAAAGAUAAACUAA